AUGAAUAACAGUUUAAGUAAACAAAUCUUGAAUGCAAGUGGUGGAAUAUUUGGAGGUGUAGAAUAAAAUUAAGAAAAUGAGACAAAUAACAACAAUAAGAGAGGUUCUAUAUUUUCUCUUUAUCAUGUUCAUACUAACUCACUGCUUUAGCAAAAGACUUUGACUAUGUACUAGACUAAAACAGAAUACUCAGAUGUAAAUAGAUAGAAAUCUGAAGUCACAUUAGGAGCAGAUAAAAGAAGAAAAUUACUAACUUAAGAAGAUUAAGAUCUGAAAACACUUAACUAAAAAAAAUCAUUUAAGUCUUAAGAUAGCAAUCAAGCUUAUGACUCUUCUACUUUAAGAGAGCACGAAAUAGAUUAAGAGGACCAUGAAAAAAUAGUCAUAGAGUCAAAUGAGUUUGAUGAUAGGGGAGAGAUAAAGAGUGGAGCAAUUUUGGAUAAAUAGAAUUAUAUGAAAGGUUCAUAAACUUCUUGCUAACUAAUCUAGCUAAAUGAAGAAUCUAUGAAUCAUCUAAAUGAUAACAGCCAAAGCGAAAUUUCAAUGUAAGGAUAGCGUAGAAGUCACAAUUAACUUGUGUAAGGGUUAGAUAAGAAUAAUAUAGUUUUUAGUAGAAAAUAAUAGAGCAAGAAUAAUCAAAGUAAUAGCUAAAAUAUGAAUUCAUCGAUUAGUAGAAAUAAUAGUAAUAUGCCUUCACCUCUUAGCAAGACUAUGGAUUUUCAUCCAGCUGAAAGCAAUCCGCUUUUUAAUUAAUUAUAAGACAUAGCUGCUUAAGACAAAAAUCAAACUUUGUUAAAUUCUUCUGUCAAAUAAAAGUAAAACUAAGAAAAUAGUAAUUUGGUGGGAGAAAUAACCAAUCAGAAUACAGAUAUUAAAAAUAUUCAAAACAGCUUCUAAGCCACAAAAAGUAUAAUUAAAUAAGACACCAAUCCUAACUUUUAACACAGGAUAACAUAACAAAAAUCAGAAUUUUUUAAGAAUGUUGGGGCAGGAGUUAAAACUAUCUCUAAUUUUCUCUUUGUCAAUAAGGUAAAAAAGAAAUUCUUAAGCUUUUUGAGUAUGCAAAAAUUCAAGAAUUUCAAUUCGUUUCAUUUUGAAAUUGUAAACGAUGUUUCUGCGUUGGAAUAGAAUACCAACCAUUCUCAGAUGUCGAAAGAAGACAUCAAGUUGCAGCGCCUUUCGAAAGAGUAAUUUGAUGAAUAUAAAAUAAACACUUUCGUAUUCUAACCAGAUAGUAUAAUUUUAAGUAUAUGGAACAUCUUUGUAGCAUUUAUUCUGUUGUUUCUGAUAAUUGUAACACCUGUUGUAAGAUCUUUCGAAGCAGGUUAUGAUGAAACAGGAUUACAUUUAAUAUAGAAAUACUUUUCUUCAAUAAUAUUUAUUUUUGAUAUACUCAUAUCAUUUAACAAAGCUUAUUACGAUGAGGGAAUGAUAAUAACAAAUAGAAAAAAAAUUAUUAAAAACUAUUGUAAAUUUAAAUUCUAUUUUGAUGUGUUCAAUAUUAUUUGUUGCUUUCUCUUUGAAGAAGUCAGUAUUAUUUUGAUAUAUUUUGUAUCUACUUUUCGUUUGGCCUAAUGUGCCAAAAUUUGGGACGAAAUUGACGAAUACCUUGAAAUAUCAUAAAGAUAUUAAACUUUAGCUUAAAUUUUUGAAUUAAUGAUUCUAAUCUUUCUUAUAGCAAACCUAUGUGCUUGUGGAUUUUUCUAUGUUUCUAAAUACGACCAUUCUAAUGGUGUCAAUGUAACAUGGAUUUCUUUCUAGAAAAUAGAAAAUGCAGACUUCUACACUCAAUAUAUUUACUCUAUCUAUUUUGAAUUUAUCACUAUGACAACUAUAGGUUAUGGAGAUAUCUACCCUUGCUCUAAAAAUGAAAAAUUGUAUGUAAUUUUUAUGACUUUAGUAUCAGUUGCAGUGUUUGGGUAUUCUUUAAAUGCUAUAGGUGAAAUAAUAAGAGAAGUAAGCUAAAAGCUCUCUUCUUUUAAAUAAACAAAAUACGACAUAUCUAAAUAUCUAAAAAGUAGAAAUAUCACUAAGAAAGUUUAAUUAAAAAUUUAUAAAUAUCUUGAGUAUUUAAACCGUCAGGAAAUAGAAGGACACUUUUUUAUGAAAGGAGAAAAAAUAUUAAACAGAGUUUCUUAGAAUCUAAGAGAAGAAGUCUAUAGAGAAUAUUAUGGAAAAAUCAUCUCCUAGAUUUCGUUUUUCACAAAAAAUUUUUCUAAAGGAUUUUUGAAUGAGCUGUCUCUGAAUAUGAAAGAACUUAACCUAGCCCCAGGAGAUUAUUUGUUUAAACAAGGCUCCUAAGACUGUACAUUAUUCUUCCUUUCAAAAGGAGUUGUUGAAUUAAGUAUAGCUCUAUAAAAUUAUAAAUCUGAUAAAUCUAAUGAAAAAAUUUUGCACAGAUAUAAAGGAGGUGACUUAAUUGGCCAUCAAGAAUUCAUGACUGAUUAAGAACGAAUGUUUUCAGUGAGAAGUUUGGGCAUAAGUCACUUUGUAUAUAUUAGAAAGAUAGAUUUUCUAGCUAUUCUUUUGAAGUAUCCACUGGAUUAUGAGUACUUCGCUUAAAUGAAAGAUGAUUUGAUAUUUAAAAAUUAAGACAGAUUUUAAAUUUGCGAAAGCUGCAAACAAGCUGGUCAUAAUAUAUUGAAAUGCAAGUUAUUAUUUGCUAAUUAUAAUAAAUUACAACUAGUUAAGAAGUAAAAUUAUUCAGAGGAUCAUAAAGAGAGGAUUAAAGUGUUAGAAGGUCCAAAAGAAAAUUAUUUAGAAUACUCUUAUUUUUUUGAUAGAAACAUAUUUUAGGAUAUUUAAAAUAAAGAUAAAUGUGAGAUUGUCAGAAAAAAUUAAAAAAAGAAAAGAUGGGACAGGGUUACAGUUAAAGAGUUGCUUAAAAAAUUCCGUAAAAAAUUCAUAUCAGAUGCCGUGAAAUUAAAUAAAAGGUUAAAAAACUUCAAUGAUAAUAGUGGAAAUUAAGAUUAUCUUUGCGAAGAGAUUAACAGUGACAAUGAUAGCUAAUCUAAAUUGUCUGACCUAGCAGAUUAUUCCAACCAUGCAAUAAUUAAUACUCAGGCAAAUUUAAUAAAUGCAUCUUUAGGAAUGAAUACCCACAUAAAGACUUCUACUUAUUAGGCUGCAGACUCUAUGACAUUUAAAAGUUAUUAAAAAACAGCUAAUAAUUCAGAUUAUAGUGUUAACGAGAGUGAUCGCAUAUUUUAUAAAAAGUACCCUAAAAUCAAAUAUGAGGAUGGGCAAUACUUGAUUUUAAGCUCUUCCUAGCAUUCAAGUAGUGAAGUAGAAGAAGAGGGAGAUGAUGACGAUGAGUUUGAAGAUCCACUUGCGUUUGGGGAUUAUAAUGAUAGGUAUAGGACAGAUGAUGAGUACAUUAUGCAAGAUGCUAGGAAGCAAACAAUUAAUGAAUAGCAAUUAAGAAAUCAGAUAAUUAAGAGAAAUACCCAAAUAAGACCAGGAACAGGAGUUUUACCAAAUAUUCCUUCUCCUAAUAGCAGAAUAGCGAGUGUAACAAACAUGGACACUUCGAUUUAAAUUAAUGGCCUUGUGUUAGAAAGUCCCAAUCCAACUUUUUUAAAUAACAGAAUUCUUACUAAUUAAUCAACUAAUACUAAUUCAUCGAGCAUGAAUUCAGUGCCUUUGUCUUCAUUAAGUGCAGUUUAUUAACAACAAUAUGUACAGUAAACUUCCACUAAUCAGUCAAGUUCACCUCUAAAUGGACCUAUUGGAUCAAAUUCAAAUAUAAAUUUACCAACCUCUUCAAGUUAGCUACCUCCACCUACUAACAACAAUCCAACACAACCACCUACUCUAAAUAUUAAUCAACAAAUACUAAAAUUAAAUUAUUUUGAUUCUCAAGAUUUUUUAGAGGAGAGUAGUCAACAGUAAACCUAAUAAUAAUUACCUCCACCAAAUAAUUAGGAGUUUAAGAAGCUAACACUUAUUUUACCUGCAGUUGAUGAGGUAUCAGAAAUAAAUGAAGCGUCUUCGUUUGAUAUGACUAAUUCAUACUCAAAUUAACUCUCUUCUAGUCCAUUAGUUAGAAAGGGCUAAAGGGAAUCCUCAAAGCGUCAUUAGUCAAGAAAACUCUCCCAAAAUACUCUUCCAAGAUAAGAUUCUCUUAAUACGAGCUAAGAAUACACCUUAAGAAGAAAAUCAAGUAGAAAUGACUCUGCAACUGCUAAAAUAAUGAGGGACUCUUUGAAUUCUAAAAUGAGAAAAGUUACAUACUCAGAUACAGCUUUCAGAGAUUAGCUUAUUAGCAAUUUUUCAGGAAGUAACUUACAAAAUACCCUAUCUAAAUCUCACUCAAGAAGUAGCCGACACAUACCAACUUACUAAUUUGAAAGAUCUAGAAGUAGACAGAGUUAAGGAACUUUCCUAAAUAAUCAAGCAUUGUUUAUUUACACAUUUGAUACUAUGAAGGAAUACAAAUAUUAUUAUCCUCACAAUAAUGCAUCUUCAAUCAUAAAACAAAAGAUUAAAAAUUUGAAGCGUAAAAAAAUUUAAAGAGGAAAGAAAUUAAAUUUCUAAAAUACCAAUGUAGGAAUCUUAAAAUCAGCUGCCUUGAAUAAUAGUAUUCAUAUGAACAAUAAUAAUAACAUAUCUAAUAAGCUUAGACCAACAAGCUUUUCUGUAUAAAACCAAUAAAUUUGA